CGCGUGGCUCCGGCUGCGCAGGAACAGCUGGUGCCUCUGAAGGCGGCCGGCGAGCGCGCGGCCGUGGGGUGCUGGGGGCCCGCCGCCCCGCGCCGCUGCACCAUGUCCGGCCAGCUGGAGCGCUGCGAGCGCGAGUGGCACGAGCUGGAGGGGGAAUUCCAGGAACUGCAGGAAACUCACAGGAUCUACCGGCAGAAGUUGGAGGAGCUGACCUCGCUGCAGACGCUAUGUAGCAGCUCCAUCAGCAAGCACAGGACGCGCCUGAAGGACCUGAAGCGCACGCUCCAGAGGUACAAGCGCCGGGCCAGUGUGGCGGAGGCGGAGCUGGUCCAGCAGUUAGAUGUCACCAUCAAGGAGCGGCAGAACAUCUUCUUUGACAUGGAGGCCUACCUGCCCAAGAAGAACGGGCUCUACUUGAAUCUGGUCCUCGGCAACGUAAGCGUGACCCUCCUCAGCAACCAGGCCAAAUUUGCCUACAAGGACGAGUAUGAGAAGUUCAAGCUCUACCUGACCAUCAUCCUGCUCCUGGGGGCUGUGGCCUGCCAGUUCGUCCUUCACUACAGGGUCACGGACGAAGUCUUUAACUUCCUGCUCGUGUGGUAUUACUGCACCCUGACGAUUCGGGAGAGCAUUCUCAUCAGCAACGGCUCGAGGAUUAAAGGCUGGUGGGUGUCGCACCACUAUGUGUCCACCUUCCUGUCCGGAGUGAUGCUGACCUGGCCUAACGGACUGAUCUACCAGAAGUUCCGCAGUCAGUUUUUAGCGUUUUCCAUAUUUCAGAGCUGCGUCCAGUUCCUGCAAUAUUACUACCAGAGGGGCUGCCUGUACCGGCUGCGGGCGCUGGGGGAGAGGAACCACUUGGACCUCACUGUGGAGGGGUUCCAGUCCUGGAUGUGGCGGGGCCUCUCCUUCCUCCUGCCGUUCCUGUUCUUUGGCCACUUCUGGCAGCUCUACAACGCAGUCACGCUCUUCAAGCUCUCCCGCCACGAGGAAUGCCGAGAAUGGCAGGUGUUUGUGCUGGCGAUCACGUUCCUGGUCCUCUUCCUGGGCAACUUCCUGACCACCCUCAAGGUGGUGCACACCAAGCUCCAGAAGAACAGGAGCAAGGUGAAGGCGCCGUGAGCCCGGGCCGGCCCCCGAGCCCGGACUUUGAGACCGCGGGGGCCUCACCGCGGAGGCCGCCUCAGCAGCGCCGGUGGCCACUGGCGCAGUGACCUCAGGGGCCAGGGGCCUCCCCGGGAGCAGGCCAAGGCCCAGGUCCCCGACUGGACACGGGGAAGGUGACCCCAGCCUGUCCGAGCAGUAUUAGCCGCCCCUCCCUAUUUAUGACGUAUUUAACACCGCGCCCUCCCGCCGCCCCAGAACCUUGGCCCCCGCUGCUCUCGGCCGGACUGGGUAAGUCUUCUGGGAGAGGCAGAGCCUCAGGGAGCCCCCCUGUCCCAGUCCUGGCACUUGAAGCCCUCACGGUGGGGUGUGGACAUGCCUCCUGAGGUCGGACGUGUGACCUGUUACGUAGAGUCUCAGGCGGGGGCGGAAGGCAGUCCCUGGGGGGACUCCCUCCCCAGGCACAAGCUUCUGCUGUUGGCUCCCACCUCCUCCCAGCCUCCGCUCCUCUGCAGGGCGGGCAUUUAAGUUCUCAGAGAACCGCUGUUGUGCCUUGUGCUCUUUGUGCUUCCUGAGUCCCCUGACUGCUGGCCGCGUGGGGAACACGGCCCGCCCACCUGAGUGAGGCCUGGGGUUCUUGGUCCCUGGAGCAGCUGGGCCCAAGGCAGGAAGGGUUUCUGAGUCACCACCAGAGGGCGCCCCAGCCUUGCACCAUUUGGGUGGUUUGAGGGCGUUCCUGGACACUUCCUGGCCCUCAGCCCUCAGCCCACCUUCCGGAAUUCUUGCCGUGGGAACUCAGAGUGAGACCAGGACUCUCAGCGCCGGCUGACACUUCAGCCGGCACUAAUGUCACCCGACCCUCCCUCUGCCUCCCUUAUUCAGAGGUUCUGGAAGCAGGGAGUGUGUGUGUGUAGGCGGGGGUGUCUGAGCAACCUCACCUUCCGGAGGUCACACAGUGGCGUCUGUGUUGGUGGGAGGGUGAAGAAGCCAGUGGGUUCGGUGGGAUUUUCUGCCCCUUCCCCCACACCUGAGCCUCCUCCGCCCUUAACGCCUUCCCUACAGGUCCUCUUCGACCAGAGCUCAUAGCUGGUGUCCACGGCCAUGCUGUGGCCCUCGGGGGGUUAAAAUUUUUUAAAUUAGUUACACUUUUAAAAAAUGGAAUCCACCCCCAGGAAGACUCCACAUAAAAAUCCUGAUCGUGACUUUCCCUAAGUAAAUGGAAAGACCUGGCAGCAUUCCCACAGAACAGCACGCACCUGGCUGGCCGCCUGCCCGGAGUGGUGCUUGCUUCCUAGUUUGCUGCAGACCCCACCACUCCCUCCUCUCCCCGCCCUCCUCCCCUCCCCCCGCUGCCCCGUCUGGCCCUGUAAGAACUUGGGUUUGCCCUAGACUCCCGUCAGCAGCCUUUCCCUGUGAAGGGCCCGACGGUCUCUGUCACAGUGAUGUGAGCCCGCAGCUGUGGGGCAGAAGCAGCCCUCGCAUCAAUGAAUGGGCAUGACUAUGUUCCAAUAAAACUUUAUUUACAAAAACACACAGCGGCCGGAUUGGGCUCACAGGCCGUCGUUUGCUGACCUCCGUUCUAGACCCUCCUUUGUCUGCAAGGCCCUGGACUCUGCUGGAACCAGAGGGCCUGGUGAGUCCCCGUGGCGGGGCCUCGGGGAAGCCAGGUGGGUGCGGUGGGCUGGCUUAGAGGUCUUUCCCCGGCAGGUGACUUCGGAGAAGCUCGGCUUGGUGGCCACAGCACUGGGACGGGACACGGGUCAGGUGGUGCCUGGGGAGCAGGGGCCACCUGAAGCCAUCACCCCACCUUCGGGAGCGCUGGCUCCAGACUGAGCUCAGAACCAAGCAGCUGUCAGUCUCUGGCAUUGGAAUCCCCUGGGGCACUUUAAAAAAAAAUUCCUGGGUCUUCCAGAAGGAAGUUCCGUGAAUCUGCGGCUGGAGGGUCGGUCAGUCAAGUCCGAUCUUGAAGGAGGCCAUCCCGGCAGCCGUGGUGGCUGUGAGGGGCAGGGGGCGCUAGAGGACUCCCCUUGGGCUGGGCUGUCCUGCAGACAGGGGCCCGGCCUCAGGACUGGCCUGCCCCAGAGCAGGAGCUGCUGGCACUUCACCUGGCACUUCUGGCAGUGGGGGCUGUGGGUGAGGAGACCCCGAGCAGGGGUCGGACGGGUGGUCCACGGUGUUUGCUCUGCUUUCUGAGUCUUCUCCCCUGGUCAUGUGCUCCCAGAUCUGGGAAGAUGUUGGCCAGGCCAGAGGCUGCUGCUGAAGCCCUCAGCGUGGGGGGGUGGGGGGAUGCAAUUCCCGUGUCCGUGUCCGGGGCUGCGUUCUCCUGAUAGGCCUGGGCCCGGCCGGGCCCGGCGCUCCGGGCAGGAAGCAGGCGGGAGGAUGCGGCCCUGCCUAUCUCCCCAGCCCAGGGCCGCGAGGCACGCCAGACCCGCAGCCGCCCCCGGACCAGUGCAGCUGGCUGUUUGGAGCUCAGGCUUUGAGGCCCUACUGGGUGUGUGAAGGGGGACACGUGUGGCCGGGGGGAGAGUGCAGAGGGCACGCCUGCGUCCUGGGACCAAUGCCCGUUCCGGGCGCCGAGGGACGGAGUCCAGCACGCUCGCCCCCACCACGCACGCCCCAGCUCCGAGCUCCCAGUCACAGUCCCAGCUGGGAAAGGAGAAAGUUCCGGGCCAUCCACAGGGUCUUGCCACAGGCUCCAGACACAACUCCAAGUGCCCUCGGUGAGCCGGGGCCGGCAGGACCCGGGAGCAGGCGGGGCCGGGCUGUCAGUGCUGUCCUGAGGGCCGAGGGCCCCGGGGAGGGGCUCAGAGCAGCAGGCAGCGCCGGGGCCGUUUCUGCCGCUGCGCCUUCUUCAGGGCGCUGAGGGCCACCUUGGCCGCCUCUCGGAAGACGUCCUCCACGUUCUCCCGGAACUUGGCGGAACAUUCCAGGUAGAGGGCGGCCUGCAUCUGCUGGCAGGUGCUCAGGCCCUGGGGGAGGGGAACGGCAUUAGAUGCUGGGCCUGGGCGCGGGGCGCCUCCUGACACCCCCUGGUGGGCUUGGGGCUGGCUGUAGGGGCUGCGGGGCCUUGGGGUGGGGCCCCUCUUGCUCCUCCCGCCCUCCCACCUCGGGCAGACGCUGGGGUGAAUCCUGAGGACGGCUUGUCUGCUGUGUCUGCGGGGCCUGUGAGGAGAGUGGCUCCCUCCCCAGACCCCUCUCCCUCUGGAAAGCACCAUUCAGGCAGCGGAGCUUGUCCUCAGAAUAAAAAAUGUCAAUUUCU